CUUCGAUCAUAACAACCAUCGAUGCUGGUACAGAUAGGCCGAGCAAAGUCACCGACAUGGCCGCUACGGACGAUCUUGAAGACUUGUCUGUUCUCGUAUCCUACAAAGUGGCAGUUGCCGCCUGCAACCUGAGCUGCUCGUUGAGAUCGCAGGUUCACACUCAGCAGGCAUCGCGUGCUCUUGGAAAUCUCGGGUCAAUACUCGUGGACAUUGCCCUUACUCUACAAAGCGGGACUCUGCCGAAGCAAACUAUCUCGCAGAGAAGAUUCUGCAAGUUACUGAAACUGCUUGAGACCGUUUGCACAUGGCCAAAUUCUCCAGAUCCUUCUUGGUCUACACUCAGAGGGUUACAGCAACAAUCUAGCCCGCAAGACUAUCUUUAUCCAUUCCUCACAGCAUGGGCAACAGGUAGACCGGACAAAGUAGAAGAUUAUCUCACUUCUUUCAACAAAUUCCUCCCAAGAAUAAGAAAUAAAGAUUGUGUUUCGCUGCAGGAUUUGAGUCCCUGUCUGAGAUCAUACACGAACAAUCCUGUACCAGACGAGAUCAGCCAGCAACUCUAUGACACAAUCGUUCGACAUGCUCUGUGCAUGUGCGACCGCAAUAUUUCAGGAUCUGUGCGGCACCAUGAAGGCCGAUUACGACUGAUGGAGAAGAUUAACAACGAAUGGACGAAUGGUUAUCUCUUCGAUACUGUGUUCACCGCGCCAGCCGGCACCCAUCAUCGCGAGGCCCGGCGAUGGCAACUCAUGCUUUUUCAGGUUCCGACGACUCAAGAAGUAAAAUGUAUCGGUUCACAAAGCGUACCUGAACACGAGGACGUUGAUCAAGGCGUACUCCUAGCGGCGCCGAGCUUCUGCAACCUUGUUCGAGAAGACGUAGGAAACGUGAAACUUUGUUUGAGGGUCCAGGGGAAUCAACUCUUGAGUCUCCCCAGACCGGUCCAGCUGGAUGACGCUGAGCAUCCGGUGCAACUUGUCCCUAGUCGAUCGCUGGAAGAUAUCCUUCGGUCGCAGACUCUUACCACUCGCGACAAGCUGGUUGUGGCAUAUAUACUUGCUAGAUCGGUCUGGCAGUACUACAAUACCGAUUGGCUUAGUGCCCUGUGGACCACAGGAAACAUACAUUUCAUGAUGGAAGAACGAGACGACGAUAGACCUGAAAAGCUCGAGUUCAACCCCGCUCUACCAUAUUUCGCCUUUGCUAGCCACGGAUACAACGCAGACACUAUCUCGGAAUCAAUCACUGAUCGUGUCAACCAUAGAUAUCCACGCAUUCUAGCCUUGGGCGUAAUUCUCGUAGAGCUUUGCCGUGAACGACCCCUUCGCCGCACGCAUCGAAAUAAUACCCUGGCCGCGAUCGUCAACAACAGUCUUCUUCUUAGCUUGCGGACUAUAAGCAAUGACGCCUAUUGGCCUCAUCUGGAUCUGAAUGCCGCAUACAGGACCGACUUCAAAAAAGCAGUUUCUGUAUGCUUCGACCACGAAAAGCUUGAUCAUAUAUCUAACAGUAGUGAAAAUCCGGCACAGAAAAGAAGAGAUCUCUUGUGGAGUGAAGUUGUGUCUCCUCUGCAUAACAUCUGCCGGAUCUUACGUUUGAUAGAUGGGGCUGGCAAUGUGAUUCAUCGUAGUUCCCACACCUUCACAAAUGAGUCUUUAGCUCUUGAUGAGGGCAUAAAAGACAAAGCCUUGGCCCUGAGUUCGCAAUCUACAAGCCAAUCUGCCUACGUAUGGUUACACCAGAUUACACAAAGUACGCUCACCAGAAGUUUAGUGUCCCAAGCACGAACUCUGGGCAAUUCCAGUACUAAAAGGGUUCGUGUGGCCAUACUGGAUACAGGUUAUAACGCGAACCACGAAUUUUUUACCGAUACCAGGAAAAGGCGCAUCGUAUCCUGGCGUGACUUUACCAAGAACUCCAACCAUCCUGGAGAUGACAAAAAUUUCGAAGAAGGUCAGGAUACCGAUGGCCAUGGGACCGAUGUGCUAUCACUAGCUCUCCGUGUUGCCCCUUUCGCAGAAUUCUGUGUAGCGCGGGUUUUUGAAAACUCUUGUGAUCUGUCGUCUCGAGUUGAUGAGAUUGUGCAGGCUAUUGGAUGGGCAGCCCGGGGUUGUAACGCUGACAUAGUCAGUAUGUCUUUCGGGUUCACAGAGGAUCAAUCUCCCAUUCGAGAGGCGAUCAUGGAAGCACAGGCUCUCAAGAAAGGUCAAAUACUCUUUUUUGCCGCGGCAGCAAAUGAGGGGGCCAACGAACAGGAAAUGUAUCCAGCCAGAGAUGAUAACGUCUUCGCCAUUCGAGCCACAGACCACGAAGGUAACUGGUGGCCAUCGAACCCCCCGGUAGAUGUCCACCUAUCAUGGUCAUUCAUGACCCUUGGGAAGAGUGUGCCUGUGGUCACUCGCGACGAACAUGCGGCAGGGACUUCUUAUGCCACAGCGAUCGCUUCUGGUAUCGCGGCGAUGGUUUUGGCUGACGCUCGACGGCUUCUCCAUAGCUCAACGUCCAUGUCCGACCUAGACCUUCUCAACAAGCUUUCGAGGAAAGACGGUAUGGGGGCAAUCUUCAGGAGGAUUUCCCUCAAUACGACACAUUACCGUUGUUCUUACCUCAGCCCAAGGCUUUUCGUUGGCAAGGGGGAAGAAGAGAGAGUAAGCAUCANCCCAGGGCUCUCACAAUCUCCAAGCGGCCAUAUUAAUAUGGGUAUACUGAAGACCUAUCUCCUCGCUCCGAACUUCACAACCCAUCUCGAUGGCAAUGUUCAGCUCGGCACUGUUAUCGCAAACCCUUUCCGUCCGAACAAGUGGGUAGGAAAAGGAAAGAUCCCACUCAACAUUGAUGUCGACACUCAUACCGAAUACGAUCGAUCCAUUUCGCCGGGAGCCUCGGCUUCCACACACGUAAAUAUAUUCGCCAAGUUCCUCGAGACUGCAAGCAAUGUCGGAUUACGUACAGAUAAGAGCGUCCUAAAUCACUACACCAUGGACGCCCUAGAGACCGUCUCGUACAAGCGAGAUAUCAGCGAUGACGAGGCAGCAGAGAUUGUCCAAGCCGAUAGCAAGAUUCAGGAUGUUAUGAAUUCCGGUGUUCUAGGCGCUGCUCCAGUAUACAUUGUUACAGGCUUGAAGGUUGCAAAAGGGUUUCGCCUGAACACCGAGCUCAUAAAAAGCAACGAGGUCAACUUCGGUGCCUCAGCACCGAUCAUUGAGCAGAUCUCAGCGGGUGCCGACCUUGGUUUCUCGAGAGGCAAGGUCCUCAACGAACAGUCUUCGACCACCCAAGACAUUAUCUUCGCCUAUCAACUACACGCGAUUGCGACCAAGGGGUGGUGGAAGAGAAAGAGGGUCGAAACGAACGUGUAUGCUCCUAAAGCAGCCGCCUUAAGCAGGGACGACAGCAUCGCGAAUGCAGAUGAUACUGUCGCGACUACGGAUGCCACGGUCGAGGAGAUCGAGGAAUCACGUUUCGAUUACGACGAUAUAAGUAUUGAUGUGCACGAUGUCUAUGAGGGAGACGCACGGUGCGUGUGCAUUGCCUUCAGACAGAUUGCAGAGUAGAGAGGAGCCGCUUUUGUCAGUUGGCGUAAGAAUAAGAG